GUAUUUGGAGAGUAGUGUAAGGACGUUCCUUAACGCCAUACAAAUUGUUUCAAUAUACAAUAACUUAGUACAUUGUACAUCUCAGUUCACCGUGUCUUUUCUCGAUAUUAAUUAUUUAGUUCAGUUUUUACUUAAAAGCUAAUGCUUAGUGUAGGUGUAACGUUAAAGUGUUAGGUAUUCAAUAUCCUGUUUAGUCAAAACAAGGCCGAAUACGACCGCCUGCGUGUCGUCAGUAAAGUUUCAGAUUUUCCAUCAGUCUCACCGCGGGAGAUCAUAGAAAAUCUCUGUAAUGAUAAACAAUGGCUGUAUUCGCUCCCACGCUCGUUCACUAGAAAACUCAUCACUUAACGAAGAAAUGUGACAUAACGCCAUCUAGCGGUAACAGCGCGUACUACGCAAAACGAAACCAAAAUGAAGCUGAAUUUGUUCAAGCGGUCCAUGAUUUUUGCGACAUUCUUUGGGUCGUGUCUAUGUAUAGCGUUAUUGGUCGCGUCUCUGGGAACCCAGCAUUGGGUAGAUGCAAGAGCGAGGCGGUUGCAAAACACUGAAUCCGAGGGCAGAAUUAACUUUGGACUGUUUGAGGGGCACAAAGAAUUGAAUUUCGGAUAUGGGUGGAGGCCACACGAUUUAAGUAUAGGCGCAGGAACUCACCCUGCCCGCCGAUGGGCGUGGUGUGGUACAGCCGCCCAAUUAGCAGUAGCCCUAGCAGCUAGCGCGGGAGCAGCUGUAUUAGCCGCAUUGGCAUCUGCAGCCAGGCACUCAGCGCAGCCACGCCCACUUUUGCUCACUAAUUGUGCCACAGUACUAUUCUGUCUCGGCGCAAUGUCAGUGUGGCUCACUGAGUUCUUCCUCCGUCUGCAGCAUAACGUUAUGUCUGAGGAAGACCUCGCAAAUACAUGGUCUUCCGACCUAACGGCAGAUCUUGGAUUGUCCUUCUGGUUAGUGGUAGCAGCUGCCAUAUCAGCAUUUAUCAACAAUGUAUGCAUUUUAAUUGCAAUGUCAGAUGCGCCUGAUUCGGACGUCGCUGCCCCCGCGUUAGAGGAAAAAUUGAAUGGAGCUAUCAUGCUUUACUAAUAAUCUCUGAAGAAUCUCUUGUGAACUUUGUUUAACCUACUCCACUGAACCUAAACGAAGUUUACAUUUCGACGCGUAUGUUUUUUUUAAAUCAUAAUAGUGCAAAAAGUUUUAAUUACGUUCUUAAAAAAGGUUAAUAAACCAAGUUAUUCCAUGAAAGGUGAACAAUAAGGAUUGUAGUUUAGUUCUUAGAUGUUUACAAAUAUGAGUUAUGCCGUCUAUUGUGUAUUGCCAUUUUGGCAUAAAAGGCUGAAUAUGUAAUAAUCCGUCCAGUAAAUGUUGUAUUGUCGAUUGUUAUUCCUAAAUUAAGGAAAAGUAAUUUUAUAAUAAAAUAAUAUGAGCCCAUCCUUGAACUAUGUGUAUUACUGUUUACUUGCUUAUUUAAAAGAUUGUUGUACUUGUCAAACUUCUAAACCCGUUAUGUCGCUCAAUGCGUUAAUAUUAAUAAUAAAUGUACUUAUGCAUUUUAUGUAUUAGUGACAAUAUGUCUAUAGAUAAAUCAUUUCAACAAUAUUGUAUAGUAGUAUCCUAAACAAUGUGUAUAGUUUUGUAACUUUGUAUACCAGCGGUACACUGAAUUUUAAAAAAAAACCUACAUAUAAAUAUACAAAAUAUACGAACAUUAAAUAUAUAAAUUGGCUUCAAGAUGAUACAAUAUUUUUAGCAGAGCGGAGGUUUUAUAACCUCACGAUUCAGUGGGCAUUGAAAAGUCAUAUCGACAACAAACCGUAUAACGCAGCAGUUUAAAAUUAAAUAAUUGUGAUAGAUAUACUCGUUUUAAUCUGGUCAACGUGUAUUUUGUUUAAAAUUUUUUUUUGCCU